AAUACUCAGUACGGAAGAUUUAAUAUUGUCAGGUUUGGGGUAAGAAUUGUUUCAACCUAGGAAAAAAAUAAUAUGUUGCAAGUCAGGAAAAAAGGAACUUUUGCUCAUUCUUGGUUUAAUUUUCUCGUUAAAUUCCUUCAAAUUCCUUUGACGAACUGAAGAGGUAUUUCAAUGUAGAAAAAAUAUUUUGUGCUUUAUUGUGUUUAAUCUGGGUAUGUCGACGAUACCAAACUUCUCAUGUCAUUUCAACUCCGCGAUCAACGAUAGAAAAAAUGAACAAGGACUUGUUAAGCAUUAGGAAUUGGUGCUUUGAUAAUCAGCUUUUACUCAACCCAGAUAAAACAAAACUAGUGAUAUUCGGCAGCCGGCAAAUGACUGCUAAGGUUAGCGACUUUAGGCUAUUUCUAUUGGGGAAGGAACUCGAGCCCGUUAAGGCUGCAAGAGACCUUGGUGUUACACUGGACUCUAACUUAACAUAUAAUGAGCAUAUUGUUUCUACUGUAUCCUCAUGCAUGUCACGUUUGGGCCAAAUUAACCGCGUUAAGCAUAUUUUUAAUAAACACGCGCUAAUUAUUAUUAUAAAUGCCUUAGUAUUUAGUAAAUUAUUCUAUUGCUCUUCUGUUUGGAGCAAUACUACUCAAACUAAUCUGGACAGGCUCCAAGCAGUACAGAAUUUCGCUUGUCGUAUUUUGAGCGGCGCUAAAAAAUUCGAUCACAUAACUCCUUUGCUAAAAGACUUGCGCUGGCUACCAAUCAGGCAACAACUUUAUUUUCGUUUUGCUGUUCUGGUUUUUAAGUGCAUAACGAGUUGCGCUCCGGAGUAUUUGACAUCAAAGCUCGUUGGAAGAUCCGCCGUCUCGACAAGGAAUACGAGAAAUUCUCAACUUUUGAACAUACCACUCUUCCGCACUGCCAGCGGCCAAAGGACCUUUCAAUAUAGAGCAACCUCUCUCUGGAAUGAGUUGCAGCCUGCGCUCAAACUUAGCCCAUCCGUGACGGAAUUCAAGUGUUUACUCAGGCAAAAGCUUCUUAAUGACUGCUUUAUUUAAUUAAUUUAAUUAAUUUUAUUGACCUUUGUCUUCUUUUAUCAUUGUUAUAUUCUUAUUGUCAUGUACUUGGUUUGUAAUUUUGUAAUGUAAAAUUGACUCUGAAAAGCCCCGUGGGGACGAGCCAAUAAAGUAUGUAUGUAUGUAUGUUGUACAUAUACGUUUAUCUCAAAAGACCAUUUCUGAGUUGCCAAAAGUCUCUGUUUCAAAGCGAGGCUAAAUGCGAAAAUGAAUUUUUAUUGUCGUGCAGUUAACAAGAAAAGUUUUGCACUUAGCUUCGUUUUGAAAGUGAGAGUCUUUAGAAUUCGGAAAUGCCCCAAGUUUCAUCUUAAAAUCACCUGAAAGAAAUAUACCUUUGAUCAAUUCAUCAUUUAGUUGUGCUCGGACGCAUUAUCCGUGUCAGCAACCGAAUACUUUUCAUGACAGGAGUAAAGUAAUUUUACUCAGCAGUUCUUUUCUUUGUUUUUCAGUGUGCUACUAAUGGAGUUGUCCCCGUUGAAUCUUGGUCUUAAAGUUUAUGUUUUUAUACUCGUCCUUUCACUUGCCAAUCUCGUAAAAGGUAAUUCAACCAUAUAUGCUUUACUGAAAUGUCUCUUAACUAAACGUCUUACCUGCGAUCAGGCGUUCUUUCUUUCCUUCCCCUUUGAGAGACGAGGGUAAGAAAGGACGCCUAAUACAUUUACUUUACCACUCCUCUGCCCGUAGUCUGUUUUGCCUAAUUGGUCGUUAUAAUAAAAUAGUGUUCGACCAGUUUCUUUCAUACUGCUCUAGCUUGUUGAUAGUGAAUAUGUCACACAGGCAUGUAGUGCAGAGAAGAAAAAAUAAUUAUCUUUCAAAAAAAUUGUUGCGAAAUUGAAAGUGCAGUAUUGUGGUAAAAAGCCCUUUGCAGUUCUAUGACACGCGAACUAACUCUUGCUAAAAUUUGUAUUUAACCUAAAGUAUACGAGAGAUUGAAACAGCAUAAUAUUAAAUAAAUAGUGGGUCUUCUAAAUUGUAGGUUUUAAAACUCUUAAGCGUACCAUUUUAUGGUGUUUUGAAUAACAGAAAAAAAAACUAUUAAGAUGUAUUAAUGGAAAAAGGCGUCGAACUAAACGCCACGCGGUGGAGCAAUUUGGUUAUUCGUUUUAUAUAAACUCGUCGAACUCGUCAGCAUUUGCCCUUUACCAAAUUUUCUUACGCUUUAUCCAUGGUAUUGUUUGUUGUUUGUUGGUCUGGAUCCCGUAGUUUUUGCAGUAAGCAUUUUGUUCUCGUGACUGCAAUCUGCAAAGGGCCUAUACCUAUCUUAAGUUUGCAGACAACACAGAAAUUGCGCAUGAGCAGGCCAUUGUCUGCAGCUAAACGUUUUUCUCUUCUAUGCAUGAGUAGGCCUUUGUCUGCAUGCAGUUAUCUGUAGGUGGCCUAAUGAUCUUAAGAAAAAAUAAUUUGAAAAAUAUUUAUCUGCUUAAAAAAUCAACAAAAACAAUAACGUUCAAAAACCUUUGAGGGCCCUGGCGUUUGUGUGGCGUAAUCUAAGUUAGACUCUUAGUAAGAGGCUUUAUAAAGCUCAUAAUUUUUAUCUUUGUUAACGCUUCUACAGGACAAGGUGCCUGCGUUUUAAAUCCCUGUCAAAAUGCUGGAAGUUGUGUUCCAAUACAGCUUAACGAUUACAUGUGCAGUUGUACGAGGGACUUUACCGGUCGAAACUGCACGGAGCGUAAGUAAAAUGAAAUUUUACAAAUGCAGUGGCGUAUUAAGCGGGAGGAAGGGGGGAACCGGGCCCCCAACUAGUUAUUGUUAGGCUCCCAGGGUCAAGAAAAACUAUUUUUGAUGCCGGGCCACACACUUAUCUUAGGGCCUGGAUAAGCGGGUCCCCCAGUUACCUUAAGAUCUGAAUCUUGUGAAAAUGACACUUUAGCGCAGAAAGCUUCCUCUAUAUCGUCUCUGAAUUUUCCAAGUUACAAAAUGUAUGUCGUUCACAAAUAAACGACGUUGUUCUUGUAAUAGACUUGUGGCCAUUAUUCUGGUGGUAGACUCUCCAGGAACACGAGCUAGUGUCCUAACUUACGAGAGGCGGUAAUAACGGGAUAAUAGGCGAGAUUUCAUUGAGUUUGCUUCAGAGUGGCAACAAACCAUUUUCAAUUUUGACAAUCCUGUUAAAAUUUGGACUUUUCAGGGUGAAUUUUCAAAAUUAAUCCACAACUCAAAAAGCAUACAUUUAUUCAAAAAUAUCAUUUAAAGAAUUCAGGGUCAAAUGGUAAUAUCGCAAACCUCCGUAUUUUUUCCACUAGAGGGUUGAGGUCCUUUAAGUCGCUUAAUAACUCUCUGUGUCCACAAGGCGUGAAUUGACUGUGCAGAUCCAUAAAAUCCAUGUAAAAUCAAGGCUGACACAUUUGUCUCUUAUCUCUUUAUUUUUCAGUCUCAUUUAGAGGAAGCAUUGGAAUAAGUAGUUUUGAGGCAUAUCUUCCAGGUAUCACAGCUGAGACAGGGGACAAGACAAAUUUCAAUGCUUUGGACUUCCCAAGUUUCCGCUCUGUUGAAUUGACCUUUCAGGGUACGCAACUAUCAGGACCAAAUACCUACAAAUGGACUGUUAAUGGUACCACACUAGACGGGGCCAAAGAUUCCCGUAUCAGGAUUUUCCCACAGCUCGCUAAUAAAGGAGAAUACCAAGUCUUCGUAUCAAACGAAUUUGGUACUUUGUUUAGCAGAAAAAUAAAGCUGGAAUUUUCAGGUAUGUGCACUUUCUAUUAGCUUUUUCUCAUUACCUUGGGGAUGUUAAAAACAGUGGAUGGCGGAAUGAGUUACUGUUUAGUCUUUCUGCGCUUUGCGAAGUUCCGGAAGGCUUGGUCGAAUUAAGUACUUCGAUAUAAGUGGCCUAGCUCUAAGGCACGAACUCACACCUUAAUGAUCUCUUUCCCCGUGGGUUUUAAUUCCCCCGGCCCGUUCAUAAUUAUAUAAACCUUUUAAUAUUUCCUUACAGUUUUAAAUGAAUCGAGUAUGAUCUUUGUUGAGCAUGCGCUACUUGUUGCUAGGAUACAGUCUUGAAAGCCUUAUAGCCCGCAUGCGCUUGGUACAGCAGGUUUAGAUUUUUGUUUUCAGGCAGUAUAUUUAAGUUUUCUGGGUGUCAGUUUCAGUUAAGUACGCGCUGUUAGGUGUUCUUGUGUAUUUAUCAAAACAGAUGUCAAAAUCGGGAUUUUCAAGCAAAAUCGGGAGAAUCCCGACGAGAUCGGGAUGGUUGGACAGUCUGCAAUAGGGUUUAGUGAGCCAAGAAUUAACCGCAGCAUUAUAAAUUGUAUUUCUCUUUUGUAAAGUGUAUGUCAUUGACGCAUUGAGAACUAUAGUUUAGGACGGAAUAGACAUUGAGAGCGUAACAUUGAACGCACUUCGAGAGAGAAUAAACGCAUUUAGUGGAAUUGAAAGAUACAGUCCAUGAUCGUAACCAGGGCCAGGAAAUAUUCCCGAACAAAUAAGUAGGAUUUGUAUGGGAAAAACAACUGAUUAAAACAGAGCCAAUUUAACGAUCAUAAUAUUUGUUGUUCUAACCUCUGUUGUUGUUUUUGGUCUCCUUGUAGUUGCAGGAGCUUUUCAUCAACCUAAUGAGCCCAUCAACAUCACUCUGGAGCAGAACAAACCGUUUCUUCUUCGCUGCCCACCUCGUGCUUACAACAACCGUGUGACUUAUGACUGGAUCGUUCAAUCAACACAGACCUCAAUUGCAAACAAUCCUUCAUUCGCCCCACGAAUUCUCAUGGAGCCCAAUGGAGAUUUACUUUUCUCGUUCGUCAACGGCAGCGAGUUGAGCCCAGUCCAAUGUAGAACAAGAAACCUUUUUAGAUCUUACAUUGUUGGCCCUCCAAUGUAUUUACGCACCGUUAUUCCAGGUACCAGUGGCGCGACUUUUUUAUAUCGAUCGGAUAUUUUUCGUAUCUUUACCAAUAUUUGGCUUAUAUUGUUAACACACUCGAGAUCCGCCUUGGGAAAUGGCUUACUGACUGCUUAAUACAGUUUAGACGUUUAAUAAAGGUUUGGCAAACCCCAGGGGGGUACUCCCAUACAUUACCUAUACGGGUAUGUGCCGCCCAACGGGGUCGUGAUUUUGAAGCUCCUGAUUUAGAACGGGGUAUCCAUUUCAGAGGCGUUUUCUAGAACGGGUGUAUAAGAUUUCGAACGCACGAAAGCUCCAGUUUUGUAAGCAUCCAUUUGAAAUUAUUCAAUGACAGAUUGCUUUUAAAAAUACGGUUCAAUGCGUUAACAAGCAAACUGUUGUACUCUGAUCUUUGCAUCUUAGAACGGAGUAUUAAAAAUUGGUCCAUUUCUAGAACGGGGUAUCAGUUUUAGGGUGAAUUCUAGAACGGGGUAUCAAUUUUAGGGGAAUUUUUUUUUAGAUCGGGGUGCCAAUUUGGAGUCCCGGGCUGCACAUACCCACCCAAAAAAUACCCAAGUGCCCCCCCCGGGGGGCAAACCUAAGAAUUAUUAAAAAAUAAAAUAAAUAAAUAAAGAUACUGAAAGAUGGAGAUGGAGAUAUCUAUCCACGACAACUUGACCUCAAAUUGCCUCUACUUGUUUUUGUGCCAAACGAGAAAGGAAGUAAAAGCUAAACAUCUUACAGAGUGUAUCUGUUGCACUAGUAUGGCACAUCUUGCAGCUGAUAUUGACAAAGAGACCGUUCACAACGCUAAAGAAGCGCUAAGGAAACUGGAGCCGAAAUGUGUCCCGCAAUUGAUUUUGAGAGAAUCGCCGAGCUAUUGGCUACUUCAAAAACGAGAAGGAAACUGGGCCGAGUUAACUUUCGCAAAGACCUCUGGAAUCGUUAAAGGGGACGCGCCAGUCUGCUAUUGGCCAAUUACUUUGUCCCCAGUGACAGUCCCAGACGUUUUUGCAAAAGUUAACUUGGCCCAGUUUCCUUCUCGUUCCUGAAGUUGCGAAUUGGCCUUUUUUCCCCCUGCUUCUAGUAACAGUUCCAGAAGUCUUUGCGUAAUUUAACUUGGCCAAACUUCCUUCUCGUUUCUAAAGUGGUGAAUAGAGGUGAACAGAAAGCAAGGACACUCUUUUGCUUCUCGGCUUUUAAAACAAGUGUCAUUUAAUAACCAAUCUAACUUGAGAUAAAUGCUUGGCACCAUUUUUACACCACAUGUUCGUCAAAUCAAUCAAGCAUACCAGGUCUGCUAUCACUAAAAAGAAUGAGAAUCUUUGUCUGUGGCGUUCAACGUACCCAACUUCAGACCGUCUCGCGGAACGCUCCAGUCUGUCAGAAAUUGUGUUAGAACCAACCUUUAUAAAUAUGUAGUAGGAAGUACAGUGCCGGUUUUCAGAUGUUUACUGCUGUUGUUUUUCCAGCUACGCAGAGCCCUAGUUCCUUGUCGCCGCUGAAAUUUUACACGUUUCCACAAGGUGAAUACACCGUGCUUAGUGGAGAUCAGUUCUACCUCAAUUGCACCGCAGGAGGAAGGUACGAUUCUUCGCUUUUAAGCAAGACAAGAAGAAAAAUCCUAGGGAGUCCAGGAUAUCAGAGAGAUCAGUACUGCUAGGUUUGUAAGCAGGGUACUAAUAAUGCAUUCUUAUCAUUCUAUAGGCCAGUCCCAAACAUACAGUGGUAUAAAGAAGGAUCAUUGAUUCAAGAUUCGGGAGACUUGUUUCAGCAUCAGGUCCUCAACAGAACCCUGCGUCUGGGCUCACUAAACUCGAGCAUACAUGAUGGAAAAUAUAUUUGUCAAGCAGUCAGUCCUUUUGGAAAUUUGACAACGUCUUUCGAUGUCAAAGUCAUAGGUAUAAAAAAUAUUACUCUCCACAAAAGAUAUAUUUAAAAUAUUUGAGAACUACUCGAUGUUAGGACAUUUUUUUGGUAUUUCACUCGCUCUGUUAAAUAGUUGCUAAAUAUAGUCGCGGAGUAUAAGAUUGCGGACGAGUAAGAGUUUGCAAACUAAAUUUCCUCAGAUGAAUCUAUGAUCACACCAAUCUUAGCCCUAGCGUUUACUAAAUUAUUAUUAUGGAGAGCAAGGACGAUAAAACGUAGAGAUACUUCGCUUCUUCGUCGAAGUCGAUACGCCGAAGCACGAGAAAGAUGCUAAGCAAGGGAGUCUACAAUCUCGUACCCAAAUGGACCAAAAAGCCAGAAGACUCUGGGUACGAGAUUGGGGAGACUACGGAGCAUGCGUUCAACAAAAGGAACCCCAACCGGUUCUUGCGCACAGAAACAUACCGAUACCAACACUUCCAACGCUACCAAUACAGGAUACCUGGGCAGCCUCUGCCGACGCAUGCGAGUAGACUCACUUGUGCUUAUUAGCACGGGAAAAAUUUGGUGCUUAGUAGAACUGACACUGUCAAGUGAGUCUGUUCGCAGGCUACCUCUCCCGCUACCACUAGUAACAAAGGUCUGCUUACGUUUCUUAUUGCUUACAACAAUCAUUACUGAAUCCUCAGACAAUGAUGACUUGCUCAUUCGAGUAAUAUAUAGAUUUAGCCAAGGUCAAAACAUGAGCGAAGCUCUUAAAGGAUCUUUUAAGAAAAGUCUUUCUUAAGAGAUUCAUAUUUUGCCGUAAGUAGAGAGCACAAACGGAAUUCCUCUAAAGAAGAUCUAGAGUCCUAAGCCCACGAUCAAUUAAAAAACAACAAUUGCAGGGGCGGAUCUAGGGGGGGGGGUGCAGGGGGUGCGCACCCCCCCCCCCCAACCUGAGAUGACCUGCGGUUUUCUAAUACAACUGGUAUUCUGCACACACACACAAAAAAACUAUGUGGUUUAUUGGUGUUAAAGUAGAGCAAGAGACGAGUGCACCCCCUCCUAAAAAAAUCCUGGAUCCGCCCCUGAAUUGGUCAGCAGAUAACUUUAACAAAUACGUCACCUCGAUGAGUAGUAUAGGCUCGUCAUCGUCCUCUUCCGCAGUUAAGCUCCAUUUAUGCAGGCACUAAAUUUAUAUUAUCGUAGCUGCUGAAUCGGAAAAGAAACAUCGGGGUUUGGUUUGAUAACACCAUGCCAAUGGCAAGCAUGUGGAAUUUCUUUGUAAAACGUUUUCUACCAUCUCCGUAACCUGCUCACCUUACUGUCACUCACUAUUAUCUGGUCUCCCUCAGCAUUUGCUGCAAAAACUCCAACAUGUUCAAAAUGCUGCGGUCCGUCUCCUUACGGACUCACAGAAAUACGAUCAUAUUUCCCCGAUCUUAGAGGAACUACAAUGGUUGCCCGUCAAGUCAAGGAUUGAGAUCAAGAUGUUAAUUUUGACUUUUAAAGCUUAUCACGGAAUUGGACCUAAAUUUUGACAGAUUCUUUAGUUAAAUAUACACCUAGCAGAACACUCCGCUCCACCAACAUGGGUUGCUAGUAGUCCCUAAGAAAACCUUGAGCCCUAUGGAAAGCGCGCUUUUUCAGUUAUUGCCCCCUCACUCUGGAACAAUUUACCAGACCAAUUAAGAACUACAGCAUGCUUAAUUUCUUUUAAGAAUAGAGAUAAGAACUUUUUAUUUAGCCGGCGUUCCUUUUUGAUUUUUCUUAUGUUUUUAUGAUGUAGUUCUACAAGUCAUAUUUUAGUAACUUUUUUGUUAAGCGUCAUUGGUUAUCUAGUAGAAAUGGCGCUGUAUAAAUAACUUAUUAUUAUUAUCAUUAAUGUAUGCCUGAGCCCACGAUACAGUCAUGUGACACUGGCCAGUGGAUGUCCUUUUUUCGAUGACUGUCAAUUGACCAUAUAACAUGAUUGUCCAUAAUGGGUGUCAAUACCAAGUUAAACAACAGGCCCCAGUUUUUCCAAAGCUGGAUAGCGCUUUCCAUCGGAUAAAUCUCUACCUUGUGGACAAGUAUUAGGGAAACCAAUUGUACUAUCCACUGAACAGAGAUUUAUUCGGUGGAUAGUGCUAUCCACCUUUUGAACAACUGGGGCCAGAUAAUAUAUGCCCUCAGGACUCCUAGCUAGAAAAUGUGCCAUUUCACAUCCGCUAACAUGAAAGGGUGGACGUACGGACGAUUUUGUCAGAGCCAAAACUUCUUGGAUGCAUAGAUAACCAAAUUUCAAAUGGUGCUCCGCUGCGCACGCUUCGCGCGCGAGAGCUCCGCUAUUGCCCUGCUUUUGUGAUAUGGACGCAAAAGUGACAAGCACUUAAACUAAGUUUUGCAUCGUAUGCGAUCUCUUGACUUAUUAGACCAUGCCCUAGUUGUUCAAAAGUUGGAUAGCCCUGUCCACUGGAUAAAUCACUAUUCCGUGGAUAACGCAGUUGGUUUUCGUAGUACUUAUCCUCUUGAUAGCGAUUUAUCGGGUGGAUAGUGCUAUGUUUGAACAACUGGAACCAUCUGAAUAAGGGUCGGGUUUCACCAUUGAUGGUUGAAUUUUAUUGUUUAAUUCCCAAUUUGUUUUAUGUAAUUUACGUCCCUUUUUGUCUCUCACAGACAGGGUAACAGCGAAAUACCCCACGGCUGGGUCUCAUUAUGAAGUCAGAGCUGGGAAGCGGAGAGGAAGGGUGACAAUGUUUUGUAACACAACAGGACACCCAAUAAUCAGUAGGACCUGGUUUUACAAUGGAAUCGAAGUUGAGAACAGGUUGAACUAUCUGAACUAUAACGUUAAUCACAUAAAGUACACAUUUUUUCUUGGGGACGAUUCAAAGGAACCAGUGAAAAAAGUAACUUUCUUUUGGAGGAUAGGUUUCGUUUUAAGGAAGUUUAUCACUAUCUGGCUCAAAGCGAAAAAAAAAAAAAAGAAAAAAAACAGAAGAAAGAAAAUUUGAUUUCCCUUCCUUUCCCCAUUUGAUUACUUCAUGAGAAUAACCUUAAAGUUUACUUCUCUUUCAGGGCAAAGUUUACCAACCGAUUUUCUAUCGAUCAGUCGGAUGGUAACCUGGAAAUCUGGGACCUUCGGUUGGAUGACUUCGGUUUUUACCAGUGCGUGGCAAAAAACAAGUUGACUGAGGAUGACCGAAGAACCUAUUUAAUAGUGACUGGUAUGUCUUAAGAGUAGAAGUGACUUACAGCGGUUUUAUAUCAUCAGCGUCAUUUUUUCCUGUCAUGUAGCUAAAGGCUGUACGCGCCGUUUGAAUUUUGACUUCUUUCUUGCUUGUUUUUUGCUGAUAUCCCUAUCAAUUCAAACUCUAAAGUGUUUUUGGAUAAGCAAAAACAAGACCAAAGUUCCCCUGCUCAUGCGAGGUAGCUUGAUCAAUGAAUCGAAAAGACACUCCCACUCAUUUAAAAACACACCGUCAUAAAACGAUGCCGAACUUAUCCUCGAUGAAAAUAGCGAUUCUUUUUUUGGAUUGGAGGCUUAAUGUACUUUAUGUGGGGUCUGAUGACCGAUUAUUUUAUUUUAUAAAAUCUUUUAAAUUAAAUGUGACACAUUUAUUUUUGGAAAUACUGGUCAAUGUCUUGUCUGAAGGCACCAACAUUUUGGAUCAUUUGCGAACAAUUGUUUUAGUCUCAAAGAUUACCCUUUUCAGUAACUAUUGUUACGGCUUUGAUUUCGUGAUUCGUCAGAACCCUUGUUGAAAUUUAAUCAUGUAUUAAGUUGUUUUUAAGUAUCUGCACUCAUAUCUUUUUCUGUUAAUCUUUUGUCAGGGCCUCCCCUCCCUCCCGUCAACGUAGUAAUAACCAACUGCGCAAACCACACUGCCAAUCUUACCUGGGAUGUGAGGCUAACUCCAGAUCUCGAUCCGCCAUCCGAGUUCAUCAUUGAGUGGAGAGCGAGGUCCAAGUCAAAUCUUUUACCCUGGCAAGAGUUCUCUAAGCUUGCCGUUGUUAAUGGUGCUACUCGUUUGUUUGUUGUAAAGAAUUUAAAGGCUGACAAUGACAUACAGUUCCGCAUUCGUGGGUCUAAUAAUCGUGGACCUGGGUUUCCUGGCUAUAUGGUGUCGGGCCUUACUUGUAUCACCAACAGCAAGAGUAAGUACUAAACGAGGGUCCAAAGCGUGGCGGUAAAAUGAAGACAUCUUUUUGUCUGCGAACGACCGAACUAUCCUUUUUAAUUUCCUGAAAAAGGGCAUACAAAAAUUAAAAGCGGCCGUUACAUGUUGUAUUUUUCCUAGCAACAAAUAAAAAGCAGGUUUAAUUUCAUUAAUGACCAUAGGUGUAAAGGGGAAGGCAUGCGCAAACUUCUGUUGCGAACGCAUUGAAAGCUUUUAGACCCUUUGCCCCUCACCCCCUCUUGGAGACCACUUGACAUUGCUUUUCUCCCAUAAAUCCUUGCGUGUUUACCCGCUGGGUUAUUAAAAGACAACCUUGUCAGUUUCUCUCCCCUUUUAACCUUUCGAAAAUAGAGUCAAUAUGGGCGUUUGCCUUAAGCACUGCCUAGUCAAUCAAUAAUGCCUGAAUUUUUUUUAGAUUUUUGAGAGCCUUUCUUCAUAUUGGUUAGUCCUUUAAUUUAGAUAAUAUACGAAUCUUGUACCAUUUUGUUUUAGAGCCCUCGCUUUAUCCGGCCAAUCUUAAAGGCUCACCAGGGACGAGUGAUCGCAUACUCAGGAUAACUUGGAAAGUGAGUAAGCAAUGAGUAGUUUUUUAAACGGCUAUAUUUGUCAAGGAAACGUACGCGUUUUCGCAGAACGAUUACUUGUGGUAGUAAGCGUAAAUAUUUUGCAGUUUACUAAGAGGAGGAUUUUCCACUACAGGCUCUUGAUCGAGUAGACUGGAGCGGACCAUCCUGCAUCUACAGAAUUUUUUAUCGUCUGAAUGCUCCUAACGCAACCUGGAACAACAACACUAGAUUUUUGGUGACUGCUCAAGAAGUCAAUACAGUUUCUUUGUACCUCAGCCCAACAGUGAGUAUGAAAUCGCGAUCCGCGCAGAAAACUCCAAAGGAAUUGGGCCAUUUAGUCCCAUUGUGA